AUGGAUCUCGACAAGGACAACGCCAACCCCACCAUCCUGAACCCCUCCGAUCUGCCGUCGCGUCGUGCUGAGUCGGCCGCGAGGAAGCGUGAGGAUGGCGCGAGUGGCCUCUUCGAUCGUCUGAUACCGCGCCACGAAUAUCUCAACGAUCCUUUUGAAGACUCUGCGUCGGCGAGUGAUUCCGACGACGACAGCGUGGAAGCCAUUGACGAGCAGGAGAUUUAUGAUCUCAUCUCCAACAUCUCCGACCCUGAGCAUCCUCUCUCGCUCGGUUCGCUGGCUGUCGUAAACCUUCCCGACAUUUACAUCCUGCCGCCAGUCUCCCCGCUCUCCAACAUCAGCACCGUUCUCGUCGAGGUCACACCCACCAUCACGCAUUGCUCGCUGGCUACCGUCAUUGGCCUGGGCGUGCGCGUUCGACUCGAGCAAGCACUGCCACCUCGCUUUAGAGUCGAUGUGCGCAUCAAGAAGGGUACCCACAGCACAGACGAGGCGGUAAACAAGCAGCUUGGAGAUAAGGAGAGGGUUGCUGCCGCACUCGAGAAUGGCACAUUGAUGGGUGUACUGAGAAAGAUGCUCUCCACCUGCGAGUGA